AUGUACGCCAUUACACUACUAACGGUAAUACUGAGUGGUCAUUUGCCGUUAAUAACAGAUUCCGCGCGAGUUCUAUCGAUUUUACCCUUUCCGGGACCAAGACAAUAUGAAUUUAUACAACCAUUGCUGCAGGAGUUGGCCCACCGGGGCCAUCACAUAACAUCUGUGAAUAAUUUCCCCCUGAAAGAACCAAUAGAGAAUUUUCGAGAUAUUGUCAUAGAAAAUAAUUUGCAUUUAUAUUUUAAAAACUUCACCACAGAUAACAUCAAAAGCAAUUAUUUUAAUACAAUUGAAAAGUUUUAUGAUCGUUCACAUAAAAUGUCAUGCAAUGUAUUUGUUGAUCCGCAUUUUAAAGCAAUAAUGGCGAAGGAAUCAUUUGAUUUAAUAAUUGUGGACAUAACUUUCGCGGAAGCCUUCUAUGGCUUGGGUGAAUAUUUUGAAGCACCAAUGGUGGCCGUAUCCUAUUGGAGUGCACUGACCUCAAUCGAUGAACUGGUUGGAAAUACCACACCCCUGUCCUAUAUACCAAAUAUGAUUAUGAUGCGAAAAUAUAAUCAAAAUAUGAAUUUUUGGAGACGAUGGUUGAAUGUCAUAGUUUUUAUUUUUGACUGGAUAUACUAUUAUUUACGAUAUAUGCCCAUACAACGGAAGCUAUAUGAGGAACAAUUUCCCAAUGCCACAUUGACUUUAGAUGAGGCACAAAAGAAUUUUUCAUUGGUCCUGUUAAACGAUCAUUAUACCAUUACCACACCGAGGCCAUAUGUACCAAAUAUGAUUGAAGUGGCAGGUUUGCAUAUACCCUCACAGCCGAGACCUAUUCCAGAGGAUAUUAAAAAAUUACUAGAUGACAGCCCCCAGGGUGUCAUAUAUCUAAAACUAAAUUCCCUAUUACCUGAAUAUAUUAUGCAAAUGAUUUUGAAUCAAUUGGGACAAUACCGACAAUUGGUGAUAUGGAAUAGCAAAUACAAGCCAUGGCACACUUUAAGUGUACCUUCCAACAUUCAAUUCCAUCAAGAUCUAUCCCACCACUCGCUGCUAUCACAUCCCAAUAUUUAUCUCUUCAUCUCACAUGGUGAUUAUCUACAUAUUAUCGAUAGCAUAUACUAUGGGGUGCCAAUUUUGGGUAUACCCCGCUACGAUGGCUAUCAUGAUGAUUAUGUUGAUAACAUUCGAAAAAUUGGUAAUGGUAUCUCGUUGACAUUUCGGCACUUCAAUGAGAAAUCAUUGAAUUUGGUUCUAAAAGAUUUAUUGGGUACAACGCAUUAUCGCCGGGAGGCGAAACGGAAAUCUCAAAUAUUUCGUGAUCAACAGAAUACACCAAUGGAAAACGCCAUCUAUUGGAUUGAACACAUCAUCAAAUAUAAAGGAGCUAAACAUAUGCGAAAUUUGGGUCAGAAUUUAAAUGUUUGGGAGUUUUAUAAUUUAGAUGUUUUCGCCAGUAUGAUUUGUAUUAUUUUAGCUGUAAUAUUUUCAGCAUAUUUAUGCUUGAAUGUAGUAUUGAGAUUUUUGUUGGAUUUAAAAAAAUUAAAGAAGAAAGUAAUGUAG